GAUUGGGAGUGGCCGGUUUGCUUUUCAGGUAGCUCGUUGUUUUUUGCAGGUAACCAGGAGGUGCAGCAGGUAAAAUUUCCGGUUCAGAGAGAAAUCUAGACAAAUUAUCUGCAGACAUCAUGGGAUCUUUAUUGGAUGACUUGGAAAGCCUCGUGGAUGCUCCUUCCUCUUUCUCAGCAAAAGGUGGAGAGCGAGGAACCAUCAAGCCCAAAGCAAACUUUGAUGCAGAGCAGGAUGCUGCAGCUCUGAAAAAGGCCAUUGAUGGAUUUGGCACGAAUGAGAAGAUUGUGAUUGAGAUUCUGACCACCAGAAGCAGCGCUCAGCGACAGCUCAUCUGUAAAGCUUAUGAAAAGGCCACCAGCAGAUGCGUGUUGUUGCAGGGAGCUGGAACCAAAGACAAAGUCUUGAUUGAAAUCUUUGCCUCCAGAUCUAACCAACAAAUUAAAGCUCUCAGCGACGUCUAUUUCAAAGAAACCAAAAAGCAGUUGACGGCUGCCCUGGAGAGGGAAGUUUCAGGAGACUAUUCCAAAGCGCUGCUGCUCCUGGCUCUGGGUAAGCGGGAUGAGAGCACCACAGUGGAUGUUAAUAAGGCAAGAGAAGACGCCAAGACUCUUUACAAUGCCGGGGAGAAGAAGUGGGGCACCGACGAAUCUAAAUUCAUUGAAAUCCUUUGCAAAAAAAGCAUUCCUCACCUGAGACAAACUGUGAUUGAAUACAAGAACAUCAGUGGAAAGACCCUGCAGCAAAGCAUUGAAGGGGAGAUGUCAGGAGACCUGGAGAACCUGCUCGUGGCUGUUGUGAAAUGUGUGAAGAGUGUACCAGGUUACUUUGCAGAACUCCUGCAUGAGAGCAUGAAGGGUGCAGGAACUGACGAGUCCACUCUGACCCGGAUCAUGGUGAGCCGGUCUGAGAUCGACCUGCUGGACAUCAGAGCUGAGUUCAAGAAACUCUACGGACACUCGCUGCUCUCUGCCAUCAAGUCAGAUCUGUCGGGCGACCAGUGUGAGUGUGUGAAGGCCAUCUGUGGAGGAGACGAUUAGCCGAGCGUCCACCUGAAGACGAGAAGAAACCCGCUUUCUCCUUCACGCUUGUGUCAUUCACGUCUGCCUCUCUUUUCUGUUUAUCUGUGUAACCCUGUUUCUUAAAUUUGCACACGGAGAAGGAUGUAAUAAAAAUAAAGAUUUAGUGGUGCAGUUUCUCUGUCUUGUUGAUAAACUGGCCACAUGCAGAAUAUUUAAUCUAAUUUGCAGAUAUUUCCAUUGCAGCAGUUUUUAGCAUGCAUUAAAAUGUGCAUCCUUUCUGAAAUCUUUGAAAUUAAUCAAAUAUUAAUGGCUCCUCUGUGCUGUAACUCUUAAUCUAUAACUGAAUGAAUAAUAAAGCAGUUAAUGAAGGGAAAGUAAUAAAUAUCAGCUCAUAA